AAUGACACAAUUCGCGCCAUUGAAGAAUGAUUUACUGUUGAGAGCCGCUUGGGGCGACAAGGUGCACCGCCCGCCGAUAUGGGUGAUGCGACAAGCCGGUCGCUACCUCCCUGAAUACCAUGAAGCCAAGGGCAACCGCGAUUUCUUCGAAUGCUGCCGCGACCCCGAAAUUGCCUCAACGAUCACCAUCCAACCCGUCGACCGGUAUGAGGGUCUCAUUGAUGCUGCAAUCAUCUUCUCGGACAUUUUAGUCAUCCCGCAAGCAAUGGGCAUGACGGUAGAGAUGGUUGACAAGAAAGGCCCUCAUUUCCCCGAGCCCCUCCGCUCCCCAACCGAUGGUCAAUACGAGAAGGUCAUGGCGCGCGACGUCGAUGUCAAGGCUGAAUUAGAUUACGUGUACAAGGCUAUUACGCUUACGCGAACGAAGCUGAAUGGACGGGUGCCGCUAAUCGGAUUCUGCGGUGCGCCCUGGACGCUGCUUUGCUACAUGGUUGAGGGUGGCGGUAGUAAGAUGUUUAUCCAGACCAAGACAUGGAUCUAUAAGUACCCGAAGGAGUCGCAGGCGCUGCUGCAGAAGAUCGCCGAGAUCUGUGUUGAAUACUUGGCGCUCCAGGUUGCUGCGGGUGCCCAGCUCGUUCAGGUGUUUGACUCAUGGGCUGGGGAGCUGUCGCCGGCGUCCUUCCAGGACUUCUCACUCCCCUAUCUGAGACACAUCUCGGCGAACCUGCCGCGCCGGUUAAAAGAGAUGGGACUUGAACCCGUGCCGAUGACAGUAUUCGCGAAGGGAGCGUGGUAUGCUCUCGAGGACCUUUGCGAGUCCGGAUACAAUGUAGUCGGGCUAGACUGGCUACAUGACCCGGCCGAGGCCUUCAAGAUUGCCAACGGACGGGUUACAAUCCAAGGCAACGCGGACCCUGGUGUUCUCUACGGAGGCCGCGAGGCUAUCAAACAGGCUGUGGAGACUAUGGUUGCUGGGUUCAAGAAGGGCAAGCAAGGAUGGAUUGCCAACUUGGGUCACGGCGUCACUCCUUUUGUCAAUCCGGAUGACCUCAAAUUCUACUUUGAGGAAAUCCACCGUCUGACAGCGGACUAAGCGGGAAACGGCAUAUUGGCUUGUGUGCGCAUUCGAGUACAGUUACCCGACUCAUUCACCAAUAUCCUCGUUCCUAAAUCACAGUCAACAAAUAUUCUCAAGUCAUAUAACGCCGAAUCGAGG